AUGGAGUCUGACCCGUCCGUAUCUAGUACGGUGGUGGAACCGGACCUACCGGUAACACACAGAACAUCUUUCCUGGAGGAUUUGGACGAUGUUUUAGGAUCAAAAGUGGAUGCUAUUGGUGAUAUGAAAGAGGAAACCCAGAAACGAACGAAACCUGCUUGGCGCAUUGUUUCUCAGGAUAAUCCAGUAUCCCCCACAUCAGAAGAUAGCCCCAAUUUUGAUGCGAACGACCUUCAUCUGCAUGAUUUGCAAAACAAAUCCUAUUAUAUGGAUUUUGAGGUUCCCGAAAUGGAAUUCGAUGAGUUUAGUUUAGAGUUGGCGGGGGGUAAAGAUUUAUCUCCCGAUGUGCAAAGUUUUAGCGGAGAUCGAAUGAAUACUGACGGUCUCAUAGAUGAAGAUUUCGAGGAAGAACUGGGACUUGCUGCCCGAGUAAGUGGUUCCCUUAUCAAUCCCGAAGUUAGCGAACUGAGCGUCCAAGAUGUGAUUGACUCAGACUAUCCGGACAUCUCUCGUUUGAGUAUCCUACAAGUGGCGGGAGAUGACAAAUUGGGUCGAAAAGUGAUUUUGUUCUCCGCCUGUCGAUUGCCUGCGGUGGAUCUAAUCGAUCAUCAGCGUUUGUUGUUGUAUAUUACUAAGACCCUGGAACAGUAUGUGAGCAGUGAUUACUGCCUAAUCUAUUUCCACUGCGGUUUGACCAACAAGAACAAACCGAAAUUCGGUUGGCUUGUUCAAGCCUAUCGUACAUUUGAUCGCAACCAACUAGUUGUGGAUUCUGGUUUCGACAUUCCCCCUCCCACUAAAGACGAUCAGUUUGACCAUUUUUAUGUGCAAGGCGUAAUGCGUCUGCUUGUGUCAUAUCUUGUUUUCUCUGUUUCCGCAGAAGAAGUUCGAUUGCGGUAUCGGAUCGUUUUCGUUUCAAUCACCCCGGGUCUAACUAGCGCUCAGCGUUGGUUUACUCAGUUGAUCAGUCGAUUAUAUNCGAUUAUAUGUGUUCCUGUUCCUGCUGGUGGACGUUCUGUCCGCCCAUUGCUCCCGUGGUUGUUGGGGUCGCGUGCCCUCUUAGAGAAAUCAUCGACCGAACUCAAUGUGUCUAAUUCAGGUAGAGAUUACGAUCUCACGAAACGAAUCGUGUUGUUCCAUUCUCCCAACACUUUCAGUGGUGGUCCCACUGACUUAAAUCACUUGAAUGCUAACCAUGUGGAUCAGUCGAUUCGCACCCGCUCUCCCUACCCCACCCCACCCCUCUGUGACUUGUUUUAUUUGGACAAAUUCCAUUCUCCGUUGGGUUAUCGAUUUCUGAUCUGA